UCGAGUUCCCAUUGCUUGUUCAUACACUUUUCUUCGUGGAUAAAAAGUUACACCAACUGCAUUUCAAAAGACGACAGUGAAUCUACUUUAAUGUGACAUACUUAUUAACUGUGUUCACGCAGCAAAGGAAGGCCCGCGCUGAGGUGUUCUGUUUUGUGAAAGCACAAUACCUACACCUUGCAGUGCUCAGCCAUCACAGCUUUCCUGAAGGCCGGAUGACCGCGAGUAACCCCAUACUGCUCCUCGGUGACAUCAGAGACCGGCCCCCGAGUACGCACCACCUUCUGCGGACCAAUGAGACCGCAGUUUAGCUUGACGACAGUAUAGCCACUUCCGGCAAAUAGCAGGCCGGUGUCAGGAGACAAAUAGUACAAUUACAUUGGUAAAAAAUUAACAUAUAUAUAGAUACAAAUUAGAUUUUAAACAUGGUAGGGUUAUAUUAAUUAGCGAAACGCCCCGGGUUUAACAUCCAGCAGGUAAACAACACGUUGCUGCAUUGCCAAUCCAUCUGAACGCUGUAGAACCCACUGUGCCUGCUUUUAAUCCGUUGCAAGAAUGAAGUUAAAGGAAGAUCUCAACCCUUUUCUUUUACAAGUCUUGCACUCGAUAAUAUGGGUGUACUCUGCUGUAACUUUUCUACCAUGGUACUUUCUGUCUGGAGCAAGUCAGAAACUUUCACGGGCCAAGCGAGUUAAAGCGAGACCUGUGAAUAGCACCCCCGGGAGCCCCUACCGCUCUGUGAACAGCGUGCACUGCCUUGCCUCAGUGCUGUACCCGGGCUGCGACACCCUGGACAAAGUCUUUGAAUUUGCCAAACACAGAUAUAAGGAAAGGGACUGUCUGGGAACUCGGGAGCUGAUCAGCGAGGAAGAUGAGCUCCAGCCAAAUGGGAAAGUUUUCAAAAAGGUAAUCCUUGGCAGGUAUAACUGGCUGACGUAUGCAGAGACCUACCUUGCUGCUGCCCACUUUGGGAGUGGUCUGGCAGCGCUGGGGCAAAAGCCAAAGUCUAAUAUUGCCAUCUUUUGUGAGACAAGAGCCGAGUGGAUAAUUACCGCACAGGCCUGUUUCAUGUACAACUUCCCUCUUGUUACCCUGUAUUCAACCCUGGGAGGACCAGCUAUUGCACAUGGAUUAAAUGAAACUGAGGUCACCCACAUAAUCACCAGCAAAGAUCUCCUUCAAAGCAGACUGAAGGCAAUCCUGCUCCAGGUUCCAAGGUUACAGCACAUCAUAAUUGUUGACGAUAAGCCAACUGCAUGGACAGACUUUCCAAGAGGCAUAAUGGUUCACAAUAUGGCAAUGGUACAAGCACUCGGGGCCAAAACACAAAACAUGUCCAAGCCUCCCAACCAGCCUGUACCUUCGGAUAUUGCAGUCAUCAUGUACACUAGUGGAUCCACAGGGAUACCAAAGGGAGUGAUGAUUUCUCACAGCAAUCUCAUUGCUGGCAUAACCGGGAUGGCUGAAAGGAUUCCUAACCUUGGCAGGGAGCAUGACACUUACAUUGGAUACCUGCCACUGGCCCACGUGCUAGAGCUGAGUGCUGAGCUGGUCUGUGUAUCUCAUGGAUGCCGUAUUGGAUAUUCAUCACCACAGACUUUAGCAGAUCAGUCAACCAAAAUCAAGAAAGGAAGCAAAGGAGAUACAAGCAUGUUGAAGCCCACCCUGAUGGCAGCUGUUCCAGAAAUUAUGGAUCGCAUCUACAAGAAUGUUAUGACAAAAGUGGAAGAGAUGAACAGGGUACAGAGAACCCUCUUUGUUCUAGCUUACAAUUACAAAAUGGAGCAGAUUUCCAAAGGCUACAGUACCCCACUGUGUGACAGUUUUGUUUUCCGAAAGGUGAGAUCUUUACUUGGUGGAAAGACCCGCGUGCUUUUGUCUGGUGGGGCCCCUCUGUCAGCAGCUACCCAGCGAUUCAUGAAUAUCUGCUUUUGCUGCCCGGUAGGGCAAGGAUAUGGGCUCACAGAGACUUGUGGAGCAGGAACAAUUAGUGAAAUGUCAGACUACAGUACCGGCCGUGUAGGAGCUCCCUUGGUGUGCUGUGAGAUCAAAUUGAAGAACUGGGAAGAAGGUGGUUAUUACUGCACAAACAAACCUAACCCCAGGGGGGAGAUUCUAAUUGGUGGUCCAAAUGUCGCGAUGGGAUACUACAAAAACGAAGUGAGAAACAAAGAAGAUUUCUUUGUGGAUGAAAAUGGCCAAAGAUGGUUUUGCACAGGGGACAUUGGAGAGUUUCACCCAGAUGGAUGCCUUAAAAUUGUCGACCGUAAGAAGGAUCUGGUCAAACUUCAAGUUGGAGAAUAUGUGUCUCUAGGAAAGGUUGAAGCUGUUUUGAAAAACUGUUCAUUAAUAGACAACAUCUGCGCAUACGCAAACAGCGAUCAGUCCUAUGUGAUUGGCUUCAUUGUACCCAAUCAGAAGCAACUUCUGGCCCUUGCGGAACUCAAGAAGAUCCGUGGAACCUGGGAGGAGAUCUGCAACAACUCUGAGAUGGAGAAGGAGGUGAUAAGGGUGAUUGCAGAAGCUGCUUUUGGAGGCAAAUUGGAGAAGUUUGAAAUUCCAGUGAAAGUCCGUCUGAGUGCAGAGCCUUGGACCCCAGAGACCGGUCUGGUCACAGACGCUUUCAAGCUGAAAAGGAAGGCACUCAAGACUCACUACCAGGAAGACAUUGAGAGAAUGUAUGGAGGAAAAUAAACCGCUCUGCGACACAGUCACACCCUGCUAUGACAAGCUCCAGUCCAACAGGAAAUACUUGAAUCGCAUUCUACACUUGAGACCAAAAAAAAGGGGGCAGUGGUUAUCCCUUACCUUUGUAACGGUGUGUGGAUGUAUUCGCAAUCUUAUGUUGGUUGGGCAGGUUCAAGGCAAAGUUUUAUGAAAAGCAAAAUUAAAUUAUCAUGAUUUGUUAGAAGAUUUAAAAAAAAAAAAAAAAAAACAGUUUUCUGAAAACUCACCCAAAUGAUUUCCUCCUGAGCCUUCGAGUCUGACGUAACACAAAAUGUGAAAUUGGAUUAUAUGUAAAGCACAGUGCAAUUUGUAGUCUUUGGGUUAUGAUAUGUGCAGGGAUAAAUUAUAAAUUAGGUGAGUUAGGUUAUUUUGAGCCCUCUGUAAAGUAUGUUAGAUGUGUGGGAAGAUCAGUGUUUAAGCCAUGAGAGAUCAUUGAAUGCAAAUGUUUAGAAUUUUAGAAAUGACUAAAUGUUUGUAGCUUUGUGAUGAGAUUAUUGUGUUUGUCAGUUACUUUUACGUUUGUGGAAGACAAUAUUUUAAACCCUUAUUCACAAUGUAUUAGGUGCCUGUCGCAGAAUGUUACCUUGUGUUUUUUAUCUACAAAAAUAGGUUUUAGCUGGAUUGGGUUUUGUUCUGUUUUGGUUUGAAAAGUAAGAAUGCAUGAAUAAACAUUGCAAAAUCUAAUUCUUACCAUAAAAUAUACUGUAUUUAUGAUUUUCUUCAGUGAAUAGGUCAGUAAUGGAAUUACAUUUACCAGUGUCUAAUAACCAGACAGAGAAGUGUCCUGUUUUAAAUGGCUUUAUUUCAAUAUGCAGUUAAAGAUAUAGUGGUUCAACAGUUGGAUUGAUCGAAGGUGCGUUGCUUUUCACCGGCAUAUGCAUGCAUUUUUGAGCCACCCACUAUAAUUGCAUAAAGUGACAUAAUCUAGUCUGGAUAAUAGAAUAAAUGUGCCUGCAGGUCAGGAAUUAUUUAGAAAAGCCCUCGUAAAUAACCGAUAUAUUAAAGUUAGCUGACUUUUUAAACUCUUUACUUUUAGAUUAUUGCUACCAUUAUUAGCCCAAUUUCUUGACAUACGUUUUGAAUUUGUAUUUUAUUUUAUGUUUAUUACAGAUUUGUUGUAUUAAAUAGGAAUUCAUCCCAAAUCGCUCUUGAUGACCUUGUAACAUAAAGGAAUGAAGGAACCAAGUAUAGAUCAGAAGUGUUAGUUACUCAAACCGUUUUUGCAAAUGUUAUUUCCAGAUUUUCUUUGCAGUACGACAGCUUUUACUUACAAAAGUAAGUUUGUGCUUAUAUUAACUUUAAUUUACCCUAUACACGAGACCUAACAAACCAUGUAAGUUGAGCGUGUAAUACACACCAUUUCUUAUUUCAAUGCUGAAAUGGAUACACAGGUUUUCCCACAGUGCACAAAUGUUUACUGGGCACGUUUUUGGAAAAUGUGCAAAAUGACACACUAGGCACUUGCAGUUUUUAAACAUUAUUUAUUGCAAUUAUUUACAUGCAUUAUUAUUAUUUGUUUAUUUAGCAGACGCCUUUAUCCAAGGCGACUUAGAGACUAGGGUGUGUGAACUAUGCAUCAGCUGCAGAGUCACUUACAACUACGUCUCACCCGAAAGAGCACAAGGAGGUUAAGUGACUUGCUCAGGGUCACACAAUGAGUCAGUGGCUAAGGUGGCAUUGUAAUAAAAAAAAUAUUGUACUGUGUAAUUUGGUGACGGAUGAAACUGAGUUCCUUGUUUUGUUUUUCUUUUUUUUUUUUUUUUGUUUCGUGGGGUUUGAACAAAUGUUCUGUGGUCUGACUGAGGUUGUUAUUGUUCCACAAAACUAAAUUAUUUCAACCAAGUUUAUCUUGUUUCUCGUCGCAGUUUUUGUUUGGCUUGAAACAGUCUUGACAACUCAACGAAACCAAUCGCACUGUAGUAAUUUCCAGAAAGUAAUCCCUCCAUCUUCCCAAAAGAAAACGCUAUGCAAUGUGUUUGUAUUACUGCAGAAUGCUAAUUGCUCUUUUGGUUGCCUGUUUAAAUGGUUCAUUGGAUAACAAAGUGUGUAUUAAAGAAUUUGUAAGUAGGCUGGUGAAAUGAAAGUAAGUGUUGUGUAAACAUUUCCAUGUAGUACUGUGCAUACUGGUUCUUUGUAGGGAAAAUGUACAGCUUACACAUCAUGAAAUGUUAAAGGCCCCCCUUUCUCUUACUGUAAAUAUGUGGGUCUGUUACCAAACUUCACUGGACUGGCCAGUUGUAUAAUAACUAUUUUAAUUAUAUUUAAGCUUCGUUAGGAUGACCAGUCAGGUGUUCCCCUCUGGAAAAACUUUUCUGUAAUAUGUGAUUGCAAAUAUAUUCGACUUAUUUAUUUGUAAUAGGCCUUGGGACAAGCAAUGAUAUAAUAAAACUGUCAGGCUUUG